AUGCUGUGUGGCAAUGGUUUCCAGAUACAGGCUCAUAUUCCUGUCGAGCCUGACGACAGUACUAAAGAAUCAUUCGGAGUCGAACACGAAACGUUCACUGCAACGCUCCAAGCUGCUACAUCCGAGUCUUACCACCAGGACCCGAGCUCGGCAUCUGCUUCUCGGACCAUCAACUUCGAUAUACCAAGUGUCGAUGAAGAAUAUGUCUUCUUAGAACCAGAUGCGGCUGUGUCUCAGACAGACACUGGAAUUCCAUCGAACGCCAGAGACUUGGUUCUCAACUCGUCCAGAGAAUACGAAGACCACUUCCAGCCUCGCAGCAUGAAUCAGAUCCAGCUCGGUGAUCAUCUGGAAGAAAUAAGCCGCGAGGUUCAACAAAGGAUGCCACUGCCUGAUCUGAACCCAAACGCCAAUGACCCAUCUGUCAGAAUGACCUUUGAGAAUGGAGAUGUGUCCCAUGACAAGAUCUACUUCGACGACGAGUUGGAGCAUAGCUUUAUGUCUUACGACUAUCUCUGGAGAAUCCGAGCUGCUUCAGGGAGACUCCCGUAUGUGAUUGAAGCACCCCCUAUUGAUAGAGAAACAUGGACUCCCAGCGGGGUGUUAGCUCCUAUCGAAUAUCUUCUCUAUGCUGACCUUGACUGGGAGUCGUCUGGCCUCCCAUUCCCACGAAGCCGAUUACACUUCAUCAUCUACCGGGGCAAUGGAACUAUAUACGAUACGAAACCAGUCUUGGGUCGAAAUUGGUCUGAAAUGGUUGAGAGGCAAUCACCCGGCGGCGCCUAA